UCGCAGCCAAAAGCAUCCAUAAUUCUCAUAGCAAUGCAUGAAGGGCUUGGGGAUAUCCACCUGCUCGGUACCCACCAGUGGCUGCAUUCAGGCAAGCAGCCUCGUGCUGGUGGACUGCAGCAAGGCUUCACCCAGCCUUUGGCCCUUCUAAGGUCCUUCAAAACCCAAAGGAACCAGAGGUUGGCCCCCAAGUUUUGAUGCAGGGAGGAGUUAAGAGGAAGCACCUCAGGGAGAGGCCAGCUCAGAUGCUGGAAGAACCUGUGUGGGACCUCUUUGCAUCAGCCUCGGAGCCUGUGUCUUCACCAUCAUUCUCUAAAAGCAACGCUUCAAGGGGAAGAAGGGCCUUUACAAUAGGGUGCCCUUCCCAAGACAACUGGCUCCAAAUAACACCCAGGGACUGUCCGUGGCCAGCUCCCACCUUCCUCUUCCCUCCUGGCCCCAGGGUUCUGGUAUGUGACACUUUUGAGUUGCAGGAAGAAGGACGUUUUAUGGGUGGGGAAGCAUUUCCUGCUCUCUCCACCCAGACCUCGACUUUCCUCCCCACCACAUCACCUGAGCCCCGGGCCUGCACGUGCUGAUUGUAAUCUACCACCCCAAGUCCAGUUUGGUUGGGUGAGGGCUAUGGCUGUUCGGUUCCUGUGGAAAGCAGCUACAUUUGUACAGAAGCACAGGACAGCUGUUUUGGCCACCUCCUGCACAGGACUGUUUGGUGCUAACCUUUUACAUCAUAUCUUUCCCGAACAGACAUGCAAACUGUUGUAUCAAACCUGGAUCGAAGGGCAGCCAGUAGAGCUUUCAGAGAGGCUGCAAGGCCUCCUCCAUGACGUCCUUAAAGAUGUUGGUGUGGCAUCUGCCCAUCGCUACCGAGCCUUUGUGGCUUUCUGCUUCCACCCCGUGAGCGCUGGGAUCUCAUGGCUGCCCUUGGGUUCGUUGGUGGGCAUCCCUGCAAACUUCAGCACAGCUGAGGACAGACAAGGAAUCGUCAACCAUGUUGUCAUAAUAAAUGACAAGGAAGUAGACUGGGACAGUAAAGAAGGGCAUGCUCUGAAGGAUGCCCUGACAUUUUCACUGGAGGCUCAGAAAUUUGCCAUCUCCAGAGAGGUUGUGUACUUGCAAACCAACAGCCCCAUCAUUAAGGCAGCUGUGGCUCCCACUUGCUUAGCUGGCACCUUCAUCUCAGCGGUGGCGAUAAAGCAACAUCUGGACUUGUAUUCUAGCCCAUUGGCACUACGAAUCAUUUUUAACUUGAUUAUUGCCACGAUUGGACUUCUCUGCUACCAUUUUGCUUCUGAUUCAGUGAGCCGCUCUUUGGAUUACAGGGCGGACCGAAAGGCAGCUGCCAUUUCCAAAGACUAUGCCAGAGGUGGGGUGGAGUUUUAUGACAAAGUCCUGUCUCGCAACAGGAUUAUUCGUGCUCUUAUGGGCAAACAGGGGCAGCGCGUGUAUGCCCCCAGCGGUAAUCUUUUCCCCAGGAACUUGUUCAGAUUAAAGCACGCUCCAUUCACCUCCAGAAGAGACUUGAUCAUUAAUAUUCUAAACAUGUCCCAAGAGUUGGAAAAGAGUGAUUAAUUUUAAACUUGUUAAUUAUGUGCUCUCUUGAAAUGCUUCCAUGCUGUCUUUCCACCUCCUGCCCACCCCCUUUGCAUCUUCAUUAGUGCUCCAAUUUUUCUUUCUGUAUAUAGUGUGGAAGUCGUUGUUACUCAUUUUGUGAAUAAAAUCCUUCCCUUAAAAUAUUAAAGACCUACUUCAAAAGUC